AUGACCUCCGUCGAAAGAGAUAGUAGUGGUGUGUAUGGCCAGGUGGAAAAACCAAGCUACAACAUCCUCACCUACACUUGGGGCCGGUGGAAAAUCAGAGACCGAAUGAAGCACGACCCGCCCGCUCUGCCAAUCAAGGGAACCCCGUGGAAAAUUCCCGCCGUGAAAGAGGAGCACUUCACGGUUGCUGGAUUUCAGGCUGUCCUGGGCAGAAUGCGAGAAGGGGGCAUCGAUUGGGCUUGGGUGGAUAUUGCAUGUAUCGACCAGGAAGAUGAAGCCUUCAACGCGCAAGAGGUUGGCAGGCAGGCCAGUAUCUUUAAGAAAGCCCGUAAUGUGUAUGUCUGGCUGUCGAGACUCUCCACUGAUACCCUGCAAAAAGUUGUCAGUGGGAUCAACAAAUCCGGGCCGGACCUGCAUUAUCACUUCUUCCAGGGCCUGACAGGUCUGCCUUAUGUCCACCUCGACCGUCUCUCCACUGCCUUUGACAUCUUCUUCGGCGACCCUUGGUUUUCAUCACUGUGGACGCUACAGGAGGUCAUUCUACGACAUGAUGCAAAAGUCCUUAGCUGCAGUGGUGAGCCGGUCCGGUGGGAUGAUGACUACUUGACGUUCCUGAGCAUGGUCAUCAACGCCUGUAGGAAUAUAUACGACGGCCUCGACCUCGUGGGCAGGGCCCUAAACACUUCCGAGCGAGAGAAUGGCCGACUAUCGCCUGAGGAGGAGAGCGUACGGGACCAGGUAGCCCAACUGACUAACCACAUCCUACAAGCCGGGUUCUACUUCUUCCUGGGAUCAAAUCCCAAUAUUCAGUACGGUAUCGCCAAGUAUCGGCGGACUUCUCGAGAAGUUGAUCGCAUCUACGCUAUCAUGCAGAUUUAUAACCUGCGAGUCGGCAAAUUUGCCCAUCCGGGGGACAAUCCUACGCUGCCCAGCCUGAUCACCGAGUUUGCCCUGGCGAAUAUCACACGCUCCGGGCCUGAGUUGGCGGAUUACCCAAGACUCGACUGUGCCCACGUGGCUCCAGGUUUGUAG